AUGUCCAGACGGACUGCCUUGGUGGCCCCUCCACCAAACCCGAACAAGAGGAGGGAAACCAAUCCACUCGCCAGACCCGAACUUUUGAGAGUCAAAUGCCUCUUCUUUGAUGUGUUCGGAACAUGCGUGGACUGGCGCUCAUCCAUGACAGAUGCCUUGUACAGAGCAGUAUGGGGCUCCCUCAAACAGCGCAGGAGCACUAUAGAUGGGCAAAUCUACACCAAGGCUUCCGAAAUGACGUACGAAGAAUGGGGCGAUCUAGCUCAAGCAUGGCGAAACUCCUACCUGUCCUUCACAAAGUCCGUGGCUUUCGACCCGACCAUUCCAUUCAAGGCCAUAGACGAUCAUCACUUGGAAUCACUUCGUGUGAUCUUGUCGGAGUACGGACUAGUCGCAACACGUAGAGUAGGACUCUCUGAAGAUGUAUACGAGACCUUUGAUGCAUCCCUCUUCACUGAGGAUGACAUGUACUACCUGUGUUYGGAGUGGCACCGUCUCACUCCGUGGAAGGAUGUCGUCAAUGGUAUCCGCCAGCUGAACACUAGAUUCAGGACCUUCACCCUCAGUAACGGUAAUUUGUCGCUGUUGAACGACUUGGUCCAGAACGCCGGCCUUCCUUUCACGGGCGUCUACUCUGCGCAGAUGUUCAAGACCUACAAGCCCAAUUCAAAGGUCUAUCUGGGAGCUGCCGAAGCGGCAGGUGUGCGUCCAGAUGAGUGCAUGAUGGUCGCCGCUCAUCUGGACGAUUUGAAAUUCGCCAGGAAGAAUGGGUUUCGCACMAUGUAUGUGGAGAGACCGGCGGAGGAGCGUCAUCCUCAUCUGCGGUAUGAGAGGGAUUUGGUGGACAUAUGGGUGACCUUGGAGGAGUACGGCUUCAUGGCGGGUGCUGAGAGAAUCGGAAUUGACGUGAUACGGGAGCCAAGGCCCGGCGAUAUCCAUAAGAAUGAUGAGCCAAUUCUCGACGAGGAGACUCGUGAGGCUAUGACGAGGACCAGAGUUUGA